CACUGACACAACACAUGUAAACAAGAGGAGGAAUAAAGAAAUUUUCACUCAAAAAAAGAUCAGAAAAUAUUGUAAAAUUGCCUCAAAUCCGAAGAAAAAACUGUGAAUCACUUAAAGUUAUAAAUAACGGGGUCGGUGGAAGAAGUUUUUAAUAGAAUUCAACAAUUGUACUGUUUUUAUUGCAUAAAAACAUCAAAAUAUUGUUGUAUAAAAUAACGAGAAAAAAUGAAUGAAUGAAUGAAAUGAAAAAGUGAAAUUUCAGGCAAGGCAAGCAAUUAAAUCAUACGAAUCAGUUUCAAAGGAAAAAGUUGGGCAAGCAAGUGCAAACGACGAUUAUCAAAAGUCAAAAAGUGUUGGCCAACCGCAUAAUGAGUUACACAGAAAAUUUACAGAAAUAUGUUGAUAAUUUGUGGGAAUAGUUGGCAUAACUCUGGGAAAUCUGGGAGAAGUAAGUGCAAGAAAGAAAAAAAUCGUUGAAUUGAGUGUGUGGAUAGUCGGUGUUGUGAGUGUGUACGUGCGUGUGUGUGUUGUGUUGUGUUGGAGUGAUACGCUGCUGCUGUGUUUGCGGAAGAGGUGAGAAGCUGUUGCAAACUCCCCCUCCGCAGCUGAUGGUGUUUAGCCGUUUAACGAACGCCAAGGAGUCUCGGAUUACAGCAACAACAAUAGCAGAGCAAGUGUAGGAGAAAAACACAUCUCAUACAACAGCGACUAAGACGACAGCAGCAACAACAGAUAGACAGUCAGACCGACAGACAGACAGCAGCCAAUACGUCGGCACAGCAAAACAAGCCAAGCGAGUGAACGAGCGAGCAAGGAAGCAAGCGACAAAUAGAAAGACAUAACUCAAGGUUUCGACUUUGGUGUGUUGUUUACAUUCUUUCCACGGGAGGAGAAGUUUCUAUUUUGAUUUCCUAGUUUGGCAAUGCCUGGGCGUAAGCCAUGGGUUCUCAGACCUUGGAAAUAUUACGUCAAGGCGUCUGGGCCUCUCUAACUGGCGGUUGGUUCUAUGACCCGCAUCAAAGUGUCUUCUGCAACAUUGUCCACUUGUAUUUGUGGCUGUUUCUGCUGUGUACACCGUUUGUGGCAUAUUUGUAUUUUCCGGGAACAUGGCUGACAUGGUGCAUCUACAGCAUCCUGACCAGUUUGACGGUGUUGCUGCUGAAGGUGGCCAAUAUGGCAUUGCAUCGUUUGUACGAUCGAGCCCAGUCAAUGUCAGAGGCGAAUAUAAAGCAACACUUUUUCAAGGUUACCAAGGAAACAUCGGCCGAAAGAAAUCGAGACAAUGAACCUGGCAUUGAAAUGAAGGUGAUACAUGAGGAUGGGGAGGUGGCCACCGAUGAUAUGGUUGCUUCGGUGGAGAAGGCCAUCAAUGAAAUAAGCGCAGAGAACAGUAUGGUGUCCAUAGAGAAUGGAAAUAGUAUUAUUGAUUUGAAAGUUGAUGUACACCGCAAAAACAGUUCCGAAUCCAUAGAGCUAAUGUUCUAUGCCCCAUCCAUGAUCUCAGGCAAUAGCCAGCAGGAUCAACAGUCUCUGGUCGGCGCAACAAGUAAUUCAAAAUCAAUACGUUCCUCGCAUACGAUUAACAAUAGCAGCAUCAGCACCAGUAACAAUAACAACAACACAUCUUCGACACCCAUUAAUGAUCCACAAGCCAAAUAUAUUAGUGUUUAUCCCAAAGACAACAGUCCGGUAGCAAGUUCGUAUGCUAGCAAUAGUCUUGUGGCGAGUGGGGGUGGUGCCACAGCCUUGGCUAGUGCUGGCCCAAGGCCACCUCAUUUAGUACGUAAAUCGUCGGAAAUUGUACGUGGUAGCCACCAGCGCAGACGAUUGGAACGGCAAUCAAGUUUGGAUGCAGCUGCCGAGUCUGCAAUUGUUGCCAAAUUAAUACAAAGGCAAGUGUCGGAAGCAAGUAAGACUUCGACGAGUGGUGGUGGAGCAGCUGGAAAUGCAGAGAAAUGUGAUAGUUUUGUACACGCACAAGUUUCAAAGAGCGGCUCGGUAACUCAACCGACAGCAUUUUCCACAACAGGGGCACAGCAAUCCCAUCAGCAGGCACAACGAUCAAAUACAACGAGUUCAACACUGAGCGUCAUUCCUGCCUCCAACUCAAAUGCCACCACUUCUGCACUGAAAACUUCACGUUUACAAAGGCAUCGUUCCUCGGAAACACAUGAUGAGCGACUGAAACAACAACAACGAAGUGGUGGGACAAUUGCUGUCAGCAGUAUUGGCACAAGUGGUCAUAGUGGUGGGGGUGGAGUGUUUCUCUCGAUACAUCAUGAACAUGGACGACAUCAUCCGCAUCACCGUCAUCACCAUCACACGCAUCGGCGGGGCGGUAGCGGAGGAGGUGCUCCCAUGGCUAGUAGCAGUGGGUCCGUAGCAGUACUGGCCUCCUCCAGCAUAGGGGCCAGUGAAAGUUUUGAUGUGGAUGAUUUGGAACUGGGCUUAGGAGGUAGUGCCAAUAUUGUAACGCAUGGCAGUCAUCUCAGCAGCGAUGGCAGAAUGCGUGCUUUGCCAUCCUGGAUUUUGGGUUCUUCCUCUGAUGUAUUCAUUGAAGAUGAUAGCUUUACAAAAUCCGACCUGGGCAUAGAACAGCUAGACGACCGAUCAACUGCCAAUUCAUCUCGAGCUGCUCUACUCAAUUCUCAUCCACACUCAAAUCAAUAUAGGCUGAAUCAUCAUUCUCAAACUUCAUCGGGACGUGCCAAUAUUUCAAAGGAUCCCAUUUAUACAAUAUCAGCCCUGCAACUUCAUAAACGACCGCGACGGGAAGGAGCCAUCAAAAGACGUAGACAUUCAAAUGCCACAACACUGUUUAAAACACCAAACGACAGUUCCUCGAAUGUCGGCCAGUUGCCAAGCAGCACAACGACAGUGCGCCGCAUCAAAAGCACAGCUUUAGAAGUGGCCUGCCCCCGACCAUCUGUGUCGAAUCUGUGUCCGCAUCCAAAUAGUGUGGAAGCCAUAAACGGCCAACAGCAGAUAAAAAAUCCUCAAAACUCCCUCUUGCCACCUCCUAGUAAAUGUUUAGUACGCAAUCCCCACUUGAAUUUGUGUCCCAAAUUCGGUGGAAGCUUUGGCGGCAGCUCAACAAACAGUAGUUUAGAUUUUGGUUCCACAAAUGCUCUUAUAGAUCCGGUCUAUGAAGGCAGGGAUAAAAUGAAACAGGAAAACAAACCGAAAAAAGAUACCGAUUUAUCAGUAAACGACUCUGUGGAAAAUGACGAAAACCCCAUUGAACUGGCAUUGGAUGAGGAUGACGCGUCAAUGGGUGCUGUGGGUGGAGUGUGUCCUCAUCAUUUUCUUCAUUCUCACCAUCAGCAUCAUUCGCAACCGCAACAGCACCAUCAUCAUUCACAUCAUCACAGUGCUGAGUCCGAUGUUGGUCAAAUAUUGAAUGAUACCAAAGACAAUGAUGAUGAUGGCGAUGAAGACGAAGACGACGGCGACGAUGAUGAUGAUGAGGGCGAUGAGGAUGAUGAGAAUGAAGUUGAGGAUGAAGAAUCCAUCGAUCCGCGACAUGAUACUACCGAAAGCAAUGAAGAUGAUGACGAUGAUGAGUUCAAAGAUUUCGACUAUAAUGUAGAGCACAUACUGGAGGUUCUUGAACAUACCCACAAUCAACUGGAUGAUGAUUUACGAGCCCAACAACAACUACAACAACAACAAGAGCAGCAACUACAACUGCAAAGCCAACAAAAAAUUGCUCAAGGUUUAUCGGAAAUUAACAAAAGAAAUAAGCCUGAUAAACCACCUGUAAGGUCAACGUCACACGAAACACGCCAUGAUACCGUGGAUGGAGACGACGGCGAAGAGGACGAUGAUGACGACGACGACGAUAAUGAUGGUGCUCUAACCAUGACCAGGGAACGUUUACAUUCCACAGAUUCGGAAACCGAUAACAAUGGCUCUAGAUCACCGUUGUUAAACAAUAAAAAGUGGGCCGUCACCUCAUCCUCCUCCACCUCAAAUUCGAACAAAGAGAAGACGAGCGAAAAGGCCCUGAGGGAUGAAAUUAAAAACGUACAAAAACAAAAACAUUCCAUUAAAAAGCAUCAAGCCAGCAUACAGGCUUUGAGUAAUCCUGAUGGUGAGGUGCAGCCACCAGCGGUUGCUGCUUCUAAUACUGUCCCUCAAGCAUUCCCACCUGCAGCUGUUAUUCAUAACCAACAACACCAGCAACCAAAAGGCAAUGAGGUCGACUCUGGUUGUCCCUCCAGCGACUGCGAACAGAUAAGUGCCAGCUCAAAAGAUGUUCUACUCAAUAUUUCAAACGAGAAGGUGCAUCAGGAGAAGCCGAGUAAAUCGCGAGAUGAUUUUCAGGAUAAUGUGCCAACAACGACAAAUGCCAAUAAUGGAGCUUCCUCUUCUAGCUCCAAUUCGAAUGCAAAUGUGGGUAAACGAUUAGGCGCCAUACCAAAACUAGUGCAAUAUCGUGAGAUAGACGAACGAUCCGGGGGACAAGAUAACCACCAGAAUCCCUCCUGUUCCCAUCACAGUUACAAACGGCAUGCGGGUAAUUGGAGUUCGGUAGCCCCCACUCAAUCGAAUCAUGCUUUUGCUUCUGUUGCCGCUGGUCUCAAGGCAAUUUCGCGCACCUCCUCCUCAUCGAAUAGUUCCCACAGUGUCAGUGCGGAGUCUUUUACAGCUGAUAUUCAGAAAAUGUUGUGGUUAAUGCACGGCGGUUCAGUAGACGAUAGGGGCAGGCCCAUUGAAAAUCCCGAGAACCUAACCUCUUUGCCAACGUCUGUGAGUAGCGGCACUCAAGGCAACAUGUCCAGUGCCCACUUGCAAUUUUAUCAGGAUGCCUUGAAGGCCUUGAACUCAGCUUCCUCGGCUGAACGACUGGCAUUAACCGAACGUUUGUAUCAUCGGGAACAAUUGCUGAGGAGGAGUAUGCGACAGAGAUCAGCUGGCGAUGCUGAAUCCAAUCAUAGCAAUGCUAUCGAACAGUGGCCUUUAGAUAGCAAUGCAGCCAUGUCUCACAUCAUGUCCGCCUCAUCAUCAUCCGCAGCAGCUGCAGCGGCUGCUUCCAGAACCGCUGCUCCAUUGACACAAGUAAUGAUUGAUUCUCCCUCUUCUUCGACAGUACUCAAUAACCGUAAUGUCAGCAGUGCCACUACAGUCUCCCUGAAAGGUUUCAUCCAUGAGUUCAUCAACGAUGAAUUGCGCAACAUGGAGACCUCUCAGCGGAUACAAGCUACGCCGCUAACGACGACCAACAAUCGAGCAGCCAUGGCUGCCAUAUUGAAUGUGGAUGGUGCCCAUAUAGAUAACUAUUGCGACUACUGGCGUCCCGCCUGCAUGUUGACCUCCGACAAGCCAGCCAUAACACCAAAAUCGUUUUACAAAUACCGCCUCAAAUUAGGUUCCUAUACACAGGAAUUCAACAUCUCAAUGGAUCGACUAGAGCUGAUGGCGUUGUUUGAUCGGGACAUCCAUUGGAUACACAUCCUGCUGUCUGUGGUACUUAGUGCCGCGGUGGCAUAUUUGGGUUCAUCAAUUCUACAGCUGAGCUAUUACAAGGAUGUGUUUGCAUUUCUCUUUUGCGCUGUCAUAGCCGGGUCACAGUAUUCAUUGUUGAAAAGUGUACAACCAGAUGCAGCUUCUCCGAUACAUGGUUUUAACAAAACCGUGGCCUAUUCACGAGCUAUAUAUUUUUGCAUUUGUUCGUCGUUGCUGCUAUUUUUUCAAAAUCUAAAGGAGGAAUACGAUGUGGAAGCUCUCCAAGGAGGGGAAAUGAAGCAGUGGGUUUUCUUUGGAGUGGCCUUUUAUCCGGCCCAAGUUAACAGCUUGGUUCUACAAGCUCUCUAUAUAUUUCUGUUAAGUUUCCCGCUGAUAUUUUCGUUGGGCCUGUUCCCGCAGAUAAAUACAUUUACAAUGUAUUUGAUGGAACAAAUCGAUAUGCAUGUGUUUGGUGGCAAUGCUGCCGGAAGUUUAAUGGGUUCCGUUCUUUGUGUUUUACGUUCAAUAUUGGGCGUUAUGUUGCUCUAUGGUCCCUUAUAUGCGGCGCUCAACGAAGGCAAAGGUACCCAGCACAUUAUUUUCUCCAUAUUUUGUGCCCUUCUUGUGCCCUUGGGUUAUCACCUCUCCCGAUCAGCUAGUGAUUUUAGCCAUAUUUGGGCUCUUAUGAAGCACUGCAUUAUGUCGACGUACCACGAAGAUGAUGAUGAGUUGAGCACCGCCAGUACUCAAAAGCUAACUGCCGGUAAAACGAAAAGAGGUUCAUCCAAGAAGCGUGAAAGGGAAAAGCAAGGUGUUGGUGGUGGUGAAAAAAGUAAACCCGGCGAAAAUAUUGAAAUGUCUUCUUUGGAGAAAUUGCAAAAUGGUACAACUCCAAGAAAUGAAACAACCGAGGAGCUGGAAGAAGCUGACGCAGAGGCCGGGGAGGAGGAGGAGGAAGAAACUGAAACCAAUGAACUGUCGGAAGACAAAGAUCCAAUGACUGAGAAAAGAAGCAAAUCGAAGGCAUCUUCAUUGGGUAGUAGUACUCAGACUUUGGGCAAAACUACCAUGUCAACCAGUAAAAAGGCAAUAACGGCUUCCAGUAGUUCCUGUAAUACAAAUUUAGAAACAGAAAAUAUAAUGAAAGAAGUUGAGGAGGGGGUGACACCUUCCUCACUACAACUGCCACCGGUGAUUAGAGAAAGUAAAGAAACAGAGUUGGUGGCCACCACUACUACCACCACCACCACCACAGCAGCAGCAGCAUCUGCCGCUGGCACAACCGCCAAAGAAACUGACUUGGAUAAAAUGUCAACUACCUCGACCACAAAUCCUGCUGAAAUAUCCACCUAUACAGGAGUCAUUCACAAUGAAGCCGAGGCCAAUGAAAUCGAUGUAUUUACCAUGAAUUGUCCUGACAAUGCAAAUAGUGAGACCGAAAGUAAUUCCGCCGAUCCUUUGCCUAAAAAACUACAACACACCGUCUAUACAAGGCUGAAGAAUGAUUUUGUGGUGACUGUCUUUUUGGCAGUGGUGGUCCUAGGUUUACACUGUAGCACUGUGUUCACGGUACUGCAGCCAGAUUUGAAUGUGGUACUUUAUGGAUUUACUGGAGCCCUGGGCUUCCUGUUGCAUUACAUUAUACCACAAAUGCGUAAACACAUGCCCUGGCUGUGCUUUGCCAAGCCGCUGUUGAAGCAAAAGGAAUAUGGACGUUACGAAGUAUCGAAUGCGCCAAAGAUUAUGUGGUUUGAAAAGUUCUACAUUUACUUGUGUUUGAUUGAGAGAAAUGUGCUGUUUCCACUGCUGGUUAUAUCCGCAUUAACGGCCGAUGCCACUGUGAUAGCUGUAAAGUAUGGUAUUGCCUGGGGUUCGGUAAUAGUGGCAGUGUGUGCUUUAAAAUUUAUUCGCAAUGCUUAUUCGGAUCCCACAAACCAGUACCUGAUUGUUAUGUUCACUGUUCUAUUCUUUCGUGUGGAUUUCGCGAUGGCAUCCGAAACAUUUCUAAUCGACUAUUUCUUUGUGUCGUUGGCUUUUCGAAAAUGUUGUGAUUUCUUUUUAAAGCUUCAAUUUAUUGUUACAUAUAUUGCACCCUGGCAAAUAACAUGGGGCUCUGCGUUCCAUGCUUUUGCCCAACCAUUUAGUGUGCCGCACUCGGCUAUGCUCUUCCUACAGGCAGGCAUAUCGUCACUCCUGUCCACACCGCUUAAUCCAUUUUUGGGUAGUGCAAUCUUCCUUACAUCCUAUGUAAGGCCCAUUAAGUUCUGGGAAAGAGAUUACAACACACGCCGCAUUGACCAUUCCAAUACUCGUUUGAGUUCACAGCUGGAACGUGAUUUGGGAGCAGAUGAUAAUAAUUUGAAUUCCAUAUUCUAUGAACAUCUAACGCGUUCUCUGCAACAUUCAUUGUGUGGCGAUUUGAUAAUGGGUCGCUGGGGUAAUGUCAAUCAGGGUGACUGUUUUGUGCUGGCUUCGGAUUAUUUAAACUGUCUGGUUCACAUCAUUGAGUUGGGUAACGGCUUGUGCACAUUUCAAAUGCGUGGUUUGGAAUUUCGUGGAACAUACUGCCAGCAGCGUGAGGUUGAGGCCAUUACCGAAGAUGUGGAAGACAAUGAAGGCUGUUGCUGCUGUGAUCCGGGGCAUUUGCCACGCAUGCUAAGCGCCAAUGCGAUGUUUUCUACACGUUGGUUAGCCUGGCAAGUUGUGGCAUCGCAAUAUGUUGUGGAAGGUUAUUCCAUAUCGGAUAAUUUGGCCAGCACGACUCUUCAGGUGUUUGAAUACAGAAAAGUUCUCAUUACAUACUAUGUGAAGAGUAUUAUCUACUAUGUUAUCAAAAAUCCUAAACUCGAUGAAUGGCUCAGUUCCACUGUCAUCCAAGAAGCACUGCAACACACCCUCAGUCGUCAAUUUGUGGAUCUGGAUCCAAUUUUUAAUUUCAAUCUGGACGAAGACUUUGAUUUUCGUGCAGUUGGCAUAACUCGCACGAGUUUUUGUUACGUCUACCUGAGUUGGCUCAACUAUUGUUAUGACAAGCGCAAGGAAAGUUUAAAUCCCACACCAACGGCGUCCAGUGGACCAAAUCAAAAUCCUACUCCCACCGCUUCACAGGCUGGUAUUACAACGCAACAGCCAACGGCUGCCGUCUCCACAAGUACCAUCGCCAGUACACCGAAUCUCUCGACAGCUCAACAAAAGUCACAAUCACAACAGCAGCUAAGAAUACGUCCACAAAAGAGUGCAACUAUGUCGGGUAGUAAUGAAGUCGUUGUAAAUUCUGUGGAACAAAUGGCCACAUCACACUCGCUGGCAAAUAUAUCGCGUCAGGCAUCGGAAAGUGCUCCGGGCCUGACAUCCACAUCGACACCUUUAACGCGGUCUAGCAAAUCGGCUCCCUCCGGCAGUAAACAUUCAUAUCAGAAGAGUGAUUGUUCUCCUUCGGCCAGGCCAGAAGGCAGAGCAGCCUCCGCAGAGCCUUCUCGUGGUUCAUCCUCGGAGAAACCUCCUCCCAUUAAACUUAAAGUACCUUCAAUUGCCAAGGACUCGCCUAUUGUUUCAUUAUGUUUGGCUCUAAGCCUUUUGGCCCGGCGAUCUUUGGCAACAGCCUCGCACAGUUCGAUGACUGGAGUGGAGUUCUUUCUGCAUGGUUUGCAUGCCCUGUUUAAAGGUGAUUUUCGAAUAACAUCACCGCGAGAUGAAUGGGUGUUUGCCGACAUGGAUCUGUUGCAUGCCGUUGUGGCUCCAGCUGUUAAAAUGGCUUUGAAACUGCAACAGGAUCACAUCUCAAAUCCGGAUGAGUUUCGAGACCCAGAUGUUCUAUACGAAGCCAUCGAUACAAGUGCCAAGGAUUUGGUUAUUUCUCAUGAAGCGGAUCCUGUUUGGAGGAGUGCAGUUCUGCGCGGUGCUCCCAAUUUACUGGCGCUGCGUCAUGUCAUGGAAGAUGGUUCGGACGAGUAUCGUAUUAUACGUCUAACCAAACGUUUCCUCACCUUCCGUGUCAUCAAACUGAACAGGGAAUGUGUUCGUGGUUUGUGGGCUGGGCAGCAACAGGAGUUGAUCUAUUUGCGUAAUCGUAAUCCUGAACGCGGUAGCAUUCAAAAUGCCAAGCAAGCCUUGCGUAACAUUAUUAAUUCCAGUUGUGAUCAACCCAUUGGAUAUCCGAUUUAUGUUUCACCACUGACUACCUCUUAUGCCGAUACCAAUGAUCAAUUAAAGAAGGUUGUGGGUGGACCCAUAACACCGGAGGCAAUUAAAACGAAUAUUUUAGAUUGGUGGCAUCAUAUACGGGAAAAGUGUCGACAGGGCUGUAGUUCAGGUUCCUCCAUGGAGACAACUACUCACCUGGGUUUGCCGUCGGGUGCCUGUUCCAAUUCCGGCGAAAGUGGGGAUCUAAGACCAAUGUAUAUAUCUCCCCCCAUUUAUAAUACACUCACCGCCAGUACAAUGUUCAGUCGAGCCACAGCAGCAACCGGUGUGCCGGGGGCCACUUUGAGUUCUCAAUUUGGCAGUGAUGGUCUAUCCUCUAUGCGGAGUUCCAUGAAUGUAAUGAAGCCCUCCUCUACCACCCUGCUGGCUGGUCUACUCAACCGUGAACAGGAAAUCUUACGUGAGUCUCGCACAAACAAGCAACUGUUGUCUUCUUCUUCGGUGCGCAGUUCAUCGGAACGGGAACGCAGAGCAACACUGCCCAUAGCCAGUACUAGUUCGGUUCUGCCGGAGGUAAUCAAGGAUUCUGAUGAUUCGUCGCAGACCUUGGACAAAGAUGUAUCUAGUGAUAAUAUGGCUGGGGCUGCGGGGUCGCUGGUGGCCGGAGUAAAUAAUACGGUAAACAGUGGUAGCCCACGUUACACAAAAAUCUAUUGUUCCUCGGGCAAUCUGGGGAUAGGUAAUAUAAUUACCACUCCCGGUGAUUACCCGCGCAAAACAAAAGGUCCCAUUUGUUUAACGGCUGCUGCAGCUGGUGUUGGCAGCAUGAAUUGUGCAGGCACUACGACAUCGACAGAAAAUGGUUUAACGUUGGCAGGAGGAUCAGCAAUGGGGGCAGAACAACAGGGGGCAACCACAACGGGUUCCGGGACAUCUUUUAGCCGUGCUAGUACAAGUGAAGUGGCUCAGCCACGAUUUGCCUUGUAUGAAAAAGUGAUAAUAGUGGAUGAAAGAGAGAUUUUCCACAACAUUGAUCAGUGCCGACGUAUUGUGUGGCCAUUUGAAGCCCUGCGCCAAAAGGGCGGUCGUCUGUCAUGGGAUGGCUGGGAACCACGUGCCGGCAUGGUUGGCUACGUUAUUCACAUAUGGCGUCCAAAUCAUCCCAACAAAGUGUGCCGAACUCCCCUGAAUCGUGAUGUCUAUUUGAUUGAAAUUGGUGAAAACUAUGUACCAGUUACGGCCAGUGGCUUGCGGCAAUACAAUCAGGCCAUGGAUAGUGUACAAAAAGAAAUGGAAACAUCAAGACGAAACUCUUUGCAAAGAGAAAUGGCUGAGCUGAGGCAACAACAGGUCGAUCGAGGUCUUACACCGAUAUUGGGUAGCAGUUUAGAAUCCCCAACAUCCCUACUAGCCGAGGGAACACGUGGUGGCAGUGGCAGCGGUAAAAGUGGAGGUGGUGGUAUACAGGCGGUGAGUAGUAGUAGUUCAGAAGAUGAAAGUUGUCUUAUGAAUUUGGAAAAACAACGACAAGAGGAAUAUCUCAAACAAUUGUGGCAACAGGAAAAAGAUGUUGCGCCGGUUGCUGCAGGGGAUAGUAGAAAAAGUGAAGUUGUGGAAAACGAUGUAUCCUCACCAAGUGAGGAAAAGUCAUCCCUACAAGAAGAAAGCAAACUAUCCGAAACAACAUCAGGUGAUAAAGAUUCCAUAAAUGAAGAAAUAUCGCUGGAAAAGUUGACCACAUCCUCUUCCCAAAACUCAAAUAUUAGCAAUAGUUGUACUGCCAAGGAUUUGGUUGAACAUUUGGUUGAUGCCAUAUGUGAUACAGUUGUGAGUGAACAGAUUGGAAUUGAAGAGCUUGCAAAGAGCAUAGACGAAAGGGGCGAGGAGCAAGACUCGUCCGAAAACGAGUUUGAAACGAACAAUAAAGAUAAUGAAAGUGAGCUGACACUUGUCAGUAAUACUGACUCGAUUGCAAAGGAAUGUGAAGCAACUGAUGAAGAUACAUCAAAAGCUGCUGCUGCUGUUGCUGGAAAACCCAAAGAGAGUACAGAUGUUUAGCAUUUAAAUAGUACAAUAUGGUUAACAUUUGCACUAGGUAUGGACAAAGCAAAUGAUUUUAUAGGGCUAUUGGGUUCAAUGUCAUCUGCUUUCCCUGCUUUAUUUUUAUUGUCUGUCGUCUGGGUAGAGUUUUGUUUCCACGAGCACACACACACACACAUUGCCAAUGCCAAUAUUACCAAAAAGGGGUGUUCAUUUGUAACGUUUCACCUGUAUAUCCAUAAAUGAUGAGCGAGAAGUGUCCAAACCUUCACUACAUUGAUCUUCCGAAUUUCUUUCCAUAUUAUUUCUUUUUCUCCUGCGUGAUCAUAUUUUUAUUCGUUUUGCAAAGCCAAAAAUAUUUAUACUCUUACAUGAUAUUGAAAUUGUUUUCGGUUUUCUUCUUUUAUUUUCAACCAUUUAUUGCAGAAAGCAAACAAACUUAAAGUAUAGCAAUUUUAAAAAUGCUUGUAAAUAUUUGUUAAAAUUAGUUAUUUUUUACAUAACCUAAAAGAACGUAGUUAAUAUUUUAAUAAACAAAAAAGAAUAAUAUGGUUGUUUAAUUGCAAAAAGUAAAUACACAUAUACAUACAAAAAGAAGAAACCCCCAUAACAAAAAAAGUAUAUUUAAUAAUAAUUAAAACAGGGUUAUUUGUUUAGUUUCUUCUAAUGUUUCAAAGUUAAAUAUGAAAAUAAAGUUGAAAAGAGAAAAAAAAACGAAAAAAAAGCUGAAAACAAAAUGUUGUAAAAAAUUCCUUAUAUUAUUGCUUUAUUACUAGCUGAAUACACAAUAUGUUAACAUUAAUUGAAAAUUAAAACAUAUAUUAAAAAAAAACAAACAUUAUACAUAUGUAUGAAUAAAUACAUUUAUUGUAUUAUAUCUAUAUAUAACCAUUAUUAUAUAAAUAUGAUGAUAAUGAUAAAUUUAAUGUAAUUAUGGCCUAUUAUUAUCAUAGAAAAAUACUCCGAUUUUGUAAAAUGUUUGUAAAGAAAUAUCAAACCCCCCAACUGAUAAGUUAUAUUUGUAUUAUUUUUAUUAAUAUUAAAAUUAUUAUUUGUUCCAAUUGCCCCCUAGUAUAUUUGAUUAUUUUUUUCUACCAUUUUUUAUUUUCUAGUUUUAUUGCCUUUUUAUAUCUCCUCCUUCUUAUCCUCUUUAUAAAUGCACAUAACUUUUAAGAGUUUUUAGGUAUAUGUAUACAUGAAAAUAAAACCAAACAAAGAGUGUUAUUUUUCAAAAAAAUAA